AUGUCUAAACUUAACCAAGACGUACUUUGUUUAGUCCUCAAGGAACUAUCAUCUUGCAAAAGUCAAAGUUGGACGCGUGAACCUCUUUAUUCAUGUUUAUUUUUAAAUAAACUUUGGUGUGAAACUGCUGUACCUAUCAUUUGGAGUAAUCCAUGGAAAUUCAUUAAAGAUUAUCGGAGGCUAUUUGAUCCUAUUAUUUCAUUUCUAUCAAGAGAAACACGGUUUCUUCUCAAUAAUCAAGGAAUCGAUUUAUUUCCAACGCAGCAUGAACACCAUUUAUUCGAUUACUUAAGUUACUGCAGAUAUAUGAACUUUGAUUGCAUUGAAAAAUCCAUCAGAGUUGGACUUGAUUCUUCCAGAUACAAGAAAAUAGAAGAAAGUCGACUUCGUUGUAUAGAACUAGAAAUUUAUAUAAUGAUUGUUAGUAAAUGUUCCGCUGUUAAAUCUUUAGAUGUGAUGAAUUUAGGACCACAAGUAAAACAUCAUAUCAUCGGAGCAACAACUUUUCUUGGAGGACUUGGGUCUCUAUAUUGUAAUUUAAUUAAUGAUCCGACAUUUUUUGAUGUAUUGGUAAAUACCUGCAGGACAUUAGAAAUGAUACACAUCGUGUGUCCUUCGUAUUGUAAGCUUCGUAAUUUGGGUUUAGCUAGAUUAAUCGAGGUUCAAAAUGGCUUAAAAUGGUUCGUGUUUGUCCAACAUCAAGCUGAAGCUUUUCGACAAGAAAUUGGAGAUGCUUUGAUUAAACAAGCCAAUUCCCUAAUUAAUUUUGAAUUAACAUAUCUCAGGAAAAUUUCCUUACCUUCAAAUAUCCUUUCCUCCUUUAAUAAUUUACAAAUUUUAAAAAUAUUUGGUAGUAGUAACGUUAAAAUGAAUCAUCAGCUUGAAAACCAAGGAAAUCUCUCGAAGAUCUUACUUUAUAAUACUUUUAAUGAUGAACUUGCUGGAGAGUACCUUCGUGCGGUUUACGAGCAUUUCCCGAAUAUCAAAUCAUUAUCCUUGGGGGUCAUUUCUGAAUUUGCUACGGAAUUUGAAAAUUUAUUGAUGAAAUGUCAUUGGCUUCGAAAGAUUUUCAUUCAAGGGUUAACUAUUGCAAACAUAUUCGUAAGUACCGAUUUAUCAUUAUUAUUUGAUAUAUUGGUUGAAAUCGCUCCAGAUUCCUUACAUGAAAUUAGAAUUGUGUAUCGGAAUAACGUUUCGAAGGAUGAUUUGGAAGCCUUUUUCGAAAAUUGA